UACAUAAUUAAAGUCUCAUAUUUAAUCGUACUGCGCACAAUAACUUGCGUACAACAUUCAUAAUAACUUUCCUUUUCUUAUUUCAUCGAUGAUCCUUCCUUACAUCUAUGAGGGACUAACCAAUUAUUCUAUCCUCAAUAGCUAGUGUGCAUGGGAAAUAUCACAGUUAGUGAAUACAAUUGUGAAAUAUGAAGGAACAACAAGAAUUAUUACAACAUUUGGAACAAGUCGAAGCAAAAGCUGGUGAAAUUCUAACUGACAGACAAGAAAUAAUUGCACUUGAUAAAAGAAGAAACGACGACAGGGUUGGCAUGAGAGCAUUGCAAAAGGCAAACAGUGAAAAAACUUGGAUGACUAUAGGUCCUAUGUUAUUAAAAAUGUCAAGUAAAACUGCAGAAGAAUUGCUUUUGAAGGAUCAAAAACAAUGCGACAUAGAAGUGAAUAAAUUGAGAAGCGACUUAAAGAUCAAAGUAAACGAGCUGAGAGAUUUGGAAUUGAAUCCACCUGUACCCGGAUUAAUGUUAAAACCUAUGGCCUAUAAAGAGAUGUCUGCCAUGAACCAAGUUCUAGGAGGAAAUUCUUAAUUACUGUUAAUAUUAAUUAAAUAUAUAACUUUUAAUUUAACAAUAAAUUGUCGUAUUUAAA